AUGUCUUCCGCCCUCCCAGCAUACGACGUUGCGGACGUUGUGUCUGUCCCUCACCAGGACAAGACCAAGUCGGAGAAGUACGAUUACGACGAGAAGGUCCCCGAGGGCCCCGCUGUCGAGGUCACUUCGGCCGACCAUGAGGACGAAUACGCACCCACUACCGAGGAGCUGCACACUCUUCGCAAAAUCCCCGCAGGCAUGCCUCUCGUGGCCAUCCUCAUGUGUGCCGUCGAGUUCACAGAGCGUGCCUCGUACUACGGUACUUCGGGCCCCUUCAACAACUUUAUCAACAACAAGCUCCCCGUCGGCGGUAACGGUGCCGGUGCUGUCGCUCCCGGUGACCUCGGCCUCAACCAGUCGGCCGGCGCUCUCGGUCUUGGUUCCGUCCCGGCCUCUGCUCUGACCAAGAUGUUCACCUUCCUCGCCUAUGUCAUUCCUAUCUGGGGUGGUAUCGUGGCAGACAACAAGUGGGGUCGUUUCAAGACCAUUUGCGUUGGUACCGCUAUCGGCGCCAUUGCCCAUGUCAUCCUCGUCAUCCCCGCCAUCCCUCAGGUCAUUGCCGUUCCCAACGCCUCACUGGGUACCUUCAUCGUUUCGAUCAUCAUCCUCGCUUUCGCCGCCGGCUUCAUCAAGCCCUCGCUUGGUCCCAUGCUCUGUGACCAGAGCCCGAUCAAGACUCCCAUGAUCAAGUACACCAAGAAGGGCGAGAAGGUCAUUGUGGACCCCCAGGCCACCAUCUCGCGUUACCUCUUGAUCUUCUACCUGUGUAUCAACGUCGGUUCGCUUGUUGGCCAACUCGCUACCCAGUACUCGGCUCGUUUCGUCGGUUUCUGGCUUGCGUUCCUCGUCCCCGGUAUCAUGUACAUGGCUCUCCCGCCUCUCCUCUGGUGGGCUUCGCCUCGUCUCGUCAAGCUUCCUCCUCAGGGCACCGUCGUCCCCGAUGCUAUGCGCGUCGUCAAGAUCUGUCUCUCCAACGGUGGCUGGCGCAAGCUCGGCCGUGGUGACGACGCAUGGUGGGGCAAGGCCAACCCCGACCAGGUCCUUGCUCGCGGUGAGGCCGCCCCUGCUUGGGACGCCCAGUUCGUGGAGGAGGUUCGCCAGACCUUCUCGGCAUGCGCCGUCUUCUUCAUCAUCCCCGUCUUCAUCCUUGCCGACGGUGGCAUUGGUAACGCUCUCAACGACAUGUCGGUCGCCAUGACCCUUAACGGUGUCCCCAACGACCUCCUCAACAACUUCAACCCCCUUGCUAUCAUCAUCUUCGGUCCUAUCAUCACCUACGGCCUGUACCCCUUCAUGGAGCGCAUCGGUCACCCCAUCAAGCCCAUGAUGCGCAUGUCCAUUGGUUUCAUCCUCGCCUCGCUCGGCUGUGUGUCCGCCGCCGUCCUCCAGGACCGUAUCUACAAGACCUCGCCUUGUCUCGAGUUUGCUUCCACCUGUGACGACGUCUCCCCCGUCUCCCUCUGGUGGCAGGUCCUCCCUUACUUCCUCCCCGCGGUCGGAGAGCUGUUCGUCAACGUUACCUCGUACGAGCUGGCCUACACCCGUUCGCCUCCUCGCAUGAAGGGUCUCGUGUACUCGAUGGCUCUCUUCAACUCGGCUAUUGGUGCUGCCAUCUCCAUGGCGCUUUCCAAGGUCAUCGAGGACCCUAACCUUACCUGGACCUGGGUUGCCCUCGCCGUUGCCAGCGCCGCAUGUGCUCCCCUGUUCCCCCUCUACUGGGGCCACCUGGACCACUUCGACUUUGCCUGGUCUGAGGAGGAGAAGAACGCCAUCAAGGAUGGUGAACAGAAGAAGCUCGAGGCCCUCAAGGACGAGGAGAAGUACUAA